GGAAUCAAUCAUAAGCAAAAGUAUAUAUCACAAUCUCAAUCCGGAAAGAUAUUUCUAAUGAACAAAGAACAUCGGUUGAGAUUUCAAGAAGCUCUCGUACAUCUGUUCUUGAGGCAAAGUGAAAAACUCGUGGUGUUGGAUGUCAAAUCAACAUUCUUUCGAUCCGACUUCAUGGAUUUGGAUUUCUUUGGUGAAAUUUUAAAGAAAUUGGUCAAGAUACCUUCCUUUCAACUUGCCAUCACCAAUGAAAUAGAAAAUUUUUGCACGAAAAAGAUCAACUUAAAUAAUCCAUUUAAACACAUCAAUCUAUCACCUUUAUUAUUUAAUAUAAUUCAACGACAAGAUGAUUUAAAUAGGAUCUACUUAAUGACUGACAUGUAUUCCAACGUUUUAUCAUCAUUAAAAUCCUACAAUUCCUUGACGUGUAUCGGAUUAAGCUUCACCAGAAUCAACGACAAAAUAAUCGAAAGUUUAACAAAAUGUGUCAAUCUAUCCAAAUUAACGAUAGAUCAUUGUGAUGGUUUAACUCUGGAUUAUUGUAAGAGAUUGUCGAAUGAAUCCUUUCAAAAGUUGAAAGAGUUGUCUUUAGCGGUAAACAAGUGGAAUCAUCAUUUAACAGCAUCAUUUAUUAGUUCGGUGGGAGGUCCUUCAAUCGAAAGGUUAACGAUUACAAGUAUGACCAACUCAAUAAUGGAACAAGUUUUAAAUCAUUGUUCAAACGUUAAAACGAUUAAAUUGGAUUUAUUUGAAAUUAAUUUAGAACUUUUACAAAAAAUUGAAAGAAUGAAAUUUGAACAUCUCAUCAUUAAUUCAUUACUCUUGAUCGAUCAUUCUCAUAAUGUUGUAAGAAUUUUAUCAGAAUUGGCGGGUUAUUUACCCAGCACGACAAAGCAUCUUACCUUUAAUACUUAUCAAACUAUAUUUAAACAUGAAUUAAAUAAUAUUUUAAACAAGUCGAAUUGUUCUUUU